UGUUCUCUCUCAUCAAUGACUGGGGAGGGCUCAGAACUGGACAGGAGCCGGGACACCUGAGUUCAGUUCCCGGCCUACCCAGCCCCUCCCCCUCCUGGCUUACUGCGCUGGGGUAGAGGGAAAAAGCUCUAUGAGGUUGCUAGCAGACCUCUUGCUUCCCUGCCCCGUUGAUGAUGACACCACCACAAAAUCUAGCUCAACGCACCGAAAGUCUGAGGUUCAGAGAGGUCUCAUAGCAUGUAAAUGGCAGAGCCACUACUAAAACCUGCAUAGAUGAUUUCCCUGUAGAAAGGAUCAAUCAGCCUCACAUGCAGAGGCCGCAGAAGUACCAGGGCAGAACUAAAGCCAUUGCUCAAGUGACCUGUGCUCCAAUUAGUCUGAACAGAGGGAUCAUUGAGCCCCUUCUCUGCCACUUCUGCGUGAUUUCGUACUUAGUCCUUGCACCUGGUUUGGGUGAAAACUAUCAUUCCCCAUGACAAAAUUUAAAUGAUGGGUGAAAUUUCAUCCCUCGGCUCAGGAGCAUAGUUAACAGUAGUUCUGCUUUUGUGGAAGUUCCUUUGUCAUAGCACCUCACUAUAGAGUGAGCCCAUGUGGAAGAGAGAAGGGACUUAGUUCCAAGAUCCAAAUGUCGCCUCAGUGGAAGCUCCAAAAUUGAAAUGCUUUCAGAGGCAGAGAACAAAAUUACCACUGGAAGCCGAACUGCAAAAACAGGCCAUGGAAAGGAAUGACAUCAUUGACUUCAAGGCCUUGGAGAAAGAGCUGCAGGCUGCGCUCACCGCUGAUGAGAAAUACAAACGGGAGAAUGCUGCCAAGUUACGGGCAGUGGAACAAAAGGUGGCUUCCUAUGAGGAAUUCAGGGGUAUUGUCCUUGCAUCACAUCUGAAGCCACUGGAGCGGAAGGACAAGAUAGGAGGAAAGAGGACUGUACCCUGGAACUGUCACACUACUCAGAGAGGGACCUCUCAGGAUGAGGCCACUGAAAUCACCCAGGUGAAAACACUUUUCCAGCCUGAGACCUCCGCAGAGUUCUACCGUGAUUGGCGGCGGUAUUUGCGGAGUGGGCCAGAGCGCUACCAGGCCCUGCUGCAGCUCGGAGGUCCAAAGCUGGGUCAUCUCUUCCAGACGGACGUGGGGUUUGGACUUCUAGGGGAGCUGCUGGUGGCACUGGCUGAUCAUGUGAGGCCAGCCGACCGGUUGGUGGUACUAGGGAUCCUGCGCAGCCUGGCGGGCACCGGGCGCUUCACUCUGAACCUGAGCCUGCUGAGCCAUGUGGAGAGAGAGAGCUGCAGAGGCCUGUUUCAGAAGCUGCAGGCCAUGAGUGCUCCCAGAUCCACAAAGGGGGGCUUCAGCCAGGUGGAGUGGGGUCUGGAGGAGCAGCCUGGUGUGCUCCAGGAGGAGGAGAGGCUCCUGAAAGAGCUGCUAGGGGUAUACCGGGUGGAUUGAUGGGGUCAGUUGCCUUCAGAGGACCCCAGUGGCCCCUGAAAGCAUUUUUUGUUUGUUGAAGGGGGCUCUUCAGGACUGUAAUGAGAAGCCCACACCUAAUCCCCUUCUCAACUUGGAAUUUUCAGAGCAGAUGCGGGAAUAGAAUCUUCCCCAUUUCUCAGGGCACCCUGGAGGCUCAAUAUUCUGUACUAUGUAGAUCAACAGGAUGGACAAGGGCCCAAGAACUUGAAAGAAUUUUGCUUGCCAUCCUUAGAGUCUACCAAGCCUCCCAUAGGCCCUGAGAGAUUAAUGUGUGCCCAACCAAAUGCUGGCUAUACCCGUUGAAGCCUCUAUUCAAAAUAACAGUAGUAGUAGUAAUAGUAAUAAUAGUAAUAAAUAAGAAGAGGAAAGAAAAGAAAAAUAAAAAACAAAUUCAUUCAUCUUCCAUGGUAAACAAAUACUGAUCUCCACAGCUCUUAACAGGAAUACCCCAAACCAGUGAAUGGACAUUUAACUGGCAAAUAAUCAAAUGCUACCUCAUUGAGGUAUACUAUUUCCUCAGGGGCUGAAUUCCUGCGCUGGGGAGCCUGGGAAAGCCCCAAGCCAUCAGCUUAGGUCUGGCCAGCCUCCCAGGCUUCAGAUGGCCAGAUAUGCAGGCAGGUGGGUCUUCUUCAAUUCCUGGAUUAACCAAAGGGAAGACCUUUCCACUAACCAGGCAGGCAGGGCCUGAAGCAGGAAGGCAGAGAUUUUCCUGUUCUGGCACCUGUGCCCUUCUCAUUCCGGUUUCUCUUGACCCAUUCUUGGGCGAGUGCCAGUGUUCUAGAAAGGGGAGAGAGGGCUAGGUUCUAGAAUGGUUUUCCCUUAAGAUCACAUCUGGAACAUGAGAAGGGCAUCUUGUACAUCAGCUGGGAAUAAAUUGCCUGGCCUUUGGCCACUUCCUCUGCA